AUGGAGACAACAUAUCAGAAACUAACACAAACUAAACCGUUUAUUACUUACUACGUUUCGAAACAAAUACAGGUAACAUUAAAAACACAAGGUAUAUGGAUAUUCUACUUCUAUGUUUAUUACUUACUACGUUUCGAAACAAAUACAGGUAUUUUAUUCACAAUGCGUUUACAUUUUCUUGUUGCUGUGUUGGUUGUACUUGUUUUGAUUGAUGUUGGAGAGGGAUACUAUCGUAGAUACUAUCGAUAUCAAGGGGGUCGUAGUUACUAUCGAUAUCAAGGGGCAGAUAGAGACAAUCAAUAUGAAGAGGAACGUAGAUACUAUCGAUAUCAAGAAGCAGAUAGAGACAUUCUUCGUGAGAUAACUAUCAUUAAAUGUUUGAAAUGGUCCAUAGUGAAAUAUAUCGUUAUACAAUUCAGCUGCCCAAAACCUGAUCCCUGUGCCAUGAUAGACUGUAAUUAUAAGGGGAAAUGUGUUGAUGGAAAAUGUCAAUGUAAUACUGGGUUUCAUGGACAGUUCUGUUCAGAGCCUAUACCGGAUUGUCAAAAUGGUGGAAACUUGGUGGUAGAAAAUGGUAAAUUAAAAUGUAACUGUCCAUUACGAACAUUUGGUGAAGAUUGCAGUCUAGGGGUCUGUGAUAUUGAAGGUGAAAGCCCAUGUUUAAAUGGUGGCACUUGUGUUUCGGCAGUUAACAUUGCUGAUACUCCCAGCUGUACAUGUCCACCUGGCACAAUUCAACCAGUUUGUGAAUUGAAAGAUUGUGGAGCAGAAUACACUUGUAAUGAAGGACAUGAAGUAGCCAGUGGCGAUUUCAGUAUUAAAUGUCUAGUAUCAGGCCAGUGGGAUGUUGCUAAUAUUCUAGUUUGUCAAGCGAAAGAUUGUGGAGCUGUUCCACCAGGUAAUUUUUCUACAGGAACUGCAGCAAGUGGUACAACAUUCCCAAACAAAGCAGACUACACUUGUAAUGAAGGACAUGAAGUAGCAGGUGGUGAUUUCAGUAUUAAAUGUCUAGCAUCAGGCCAGUGGGAUGUUGCUAAUAUAUUAGUUUGUCAAGCGACAAAUUGUGGAGCUGUUCCACCGGGUAAUUUUUCUACAGGAACUGCAGCAAGUGGUACAACAUACCCAAACAAAGCAGACUAUACUUGUAAUGAAGGACAUGAAGUAGCAAGUGGUGAUAUCAGUAUUAAAUGUCUUGCGACAGGCCAGUGGGAUGUUGCUAAUAUACUAGUUUGUCAAGCUAAAGAUUGUGGAGCUGUUCCACCAGGUAAUUUUUCUACAGGAACUGCAGCAAGUGGUACAACAUACCCAAACAAAGCAGAGUACACUUGUGAUGAAGGACAUGAAGAAGCAAGUGGUGAUAUCAGUAUUAAAUGUCUAGCAUCAGGCCAGUGGGAUGUUGCUAAUAUACUAGUUUGUAAUCAAGUGAAAGAUUGUGAAGCUGUUCCACCAGGUAAUUUUUCUACAGGAACUGCGGCAAGUGGUACAACAUACCCAAACAAAGCAGACUAUACUUGUAAUGAAGGACAUGAAGUAGCAAGUGGUGAUUUCAGUAUUAAAUGUCUAGCAUCAGGCCAGUGGAAUGUUGUUAAUAUACUAGUUUGUCGCGCUAAAGAUUGUGGAGCUGUUCCACCAGGUAAUUUUUCUACAGGAACUGCAGCAAGUGGUACAACAUACCCAAACGAAGCAGACUACACUUGUGAUGAAGGACAUGAAGUAGCAAGUGGUGAUUUCAGUAUUAAAUGUCUAGAAUCAGGCCAGUGGGAUGUUGCUAAUAUUCUAGUUUGUCAAGCGAAAGAUUGUGGAGAUCUUCCGCCAGGUACUUUAUCCACGGGGAGAGUUAAUGGUGGAAGCACAUUUCCCAACACUGCCAACUACACUUGUGAUGAGGGCCAUGAACGUGAAAGUGGUAAAACUGAGAUCUCGUGUCUGGCAUCAGGACAAUGGGAAACUGAUGUACUAGUCUGUAAACCGAAAUAUUGUGGAAGUAUUCCAAAUGGUUUUUAUUCAUACGGAAACGCACCUGAUAAUACAUUCCCAAAUAAAGCAGAAUUCAAAUGUAUGGGCGGAUUUGUACGUGUAAGUGGUAAAACUGAGAUCUCGUGUCUGGCAUCAGGAAAAUGGGAAACCGAUGUACUAGUCUGUAAAGGUAACCUUUUACAACCUUAUUAUGAAUAA